AAAAUUAAUAAAAAUUAACCGAACAUGCCAAAUUUAAACGGUCAAAAUCACUACGAGAACGGUCACAGUAACGGCGAUCUCCUUUCACAAAACCAACAAAAAGGAUGGUGGACCAUCGGGCUCAUAAAUGCACAAUACAAGUACAUGACAGCCGAAACGUUCGGCUAUAAAUUGAAUGCAAACGGUGCUAGUCUCAAGAAGAAACAGUUAUGGACAUUGGAGCCAUCGAGCACGGGAGAAAGCAUAAUCUACUUGCGAUCGCACUUGGGCAAAUACUUGUCUGUCGAUCAGUUUGGCAACGUUUUGUGCGAAUCAGAUGAACGUGAUGCCGGGAGCCGAUUCCAAAUUAGCAUUGCGGACGACAAUACGGGACGAUGGGCGUUGAAGAAUGAGCAACGUGGCUACUAUUUGGGCGGAAAUCCGGAAAAAUUGACGUGCACAGCAAAGACUCCGUCAAAGGGAGAGUUUUGGAGUGUUCAUUUAGCGGCACGUCCUCAGGUGAAUUUACGCUCUGUCGGACGUAAACGAUUCGCUCACUUGUCCGACUCACAAGAUGAAAUCCACGUUGAUUCCAAUAUUCCGUGGGGCGAAGACACUCUCUUCACACUCGAGUUUCGUUCGGAUGAAGGCGGGCGAUAUGCACUGCAUACGUGCAACAAUAAAUAUCUCAAUUGCAGCGGCAAAUUAGAAAAUACCUGCACGGACGAUUGUCUCUUCGCGGCGGAAUACCAUGGGGGGCAUUUGGCGUUGCGCGAUCGUCACGGGUCGUAUUUGUCGCCGAUUGGCUCGAAGGCGAUGCUCAAGUCACGCUCAAACACAGUUACCCGCGACGAGUUGUUCUCGCUGGAAGAUUCCUUGCCGCAGGCGUCGUUCGUCGCUGCACUCAACAACAAGUAUGUCAGCGUGAAGCAGGGCGUCGAUGUGACUGCGAACCAAGACGAGAUCGGUGAUAAUGAGACGUUCCAGUUGGAGUACGAUUGGUCGGCGCAUCGUUGGGCUCUCCGGACCACGCAAGAUCGCUAUUGGUGUUUGUCGACGGGCGGCGGUAUCCAAGCAACGGGCAAUCGUCGGUGUGCUGAUGCCUUGUUUGAGCUCGUUUGGCAUGGCGGCGGUUCGGUUUCGUUUCGCGCUAAUAACGGAAAGUAUCUGGCAACGAAGCGAUCUGGACAUUUGUUUGCGACAUCCGAAGAUUGCGAGGAGGAAACUACGAAAUUCUACUUUUAUCUCAUUAAUCGCCCGAUUUUGGUACUGAAGUGCGAACAGGGAUUCGUUGGGUACAAGCAACCGGGAAGCACGAAACUCGAAUGUAAUAAGGCAAUGUACGAAACUAUCUUAGUUGAGAGAUCUCAGAAGGGAAUUGUCUUCUUUAAAGGUCAAAACGGCAAAUAUUGGCGCAUCGACGGCGACAGUAUCGUAGCUGACAGCUCAUCCCCUGUCGAUGGAUUUUAUUUGGAAUUACGUGAACCAACCAGAAUUUGUAUCAGAUCAACCAACGGCAAAUACGUCGGUGCUACUAAAAAUGGUGCUUUCCGAUUGAUUGAAGAUGGCAAGGACACUGCUACCCAAUGGGAAUACUAAAAAAAAUACCAUAAAAAAGGU